GGAGUGAAAAAUAGAAAGGAUUUGAUUGGUUAAUAGCAUUUGAGCGGUAUAUGCGAAAAAAAAUUGCGCCAAACAGCACACACUCAACAACACGUCGGAACCAAAGAUGUUAGGAUUCGGUGAUUUCGACACUGAAAAUGUUGAUCCUCAAGUUAGAACUCCGAAAAAGAAGAGGAGUAAAAGAAUACCGACUAUUGUUGUUGAGGGAAACAUUGGAAGUGGAAAAUCAACGUUUUUACAGUAUUUCCAAAACUUUUCAAACGUAAUUGAGAUGGUUCCUGAACCAGUGCACAAAUGGAAAGAUGUUGAUGGAUACAAUACAUUGGAUAUGAUGUAUAAAGAUGCCUCUAGAUGGAGCCUGGCCUUCCAGUCUUAUGUACAGCUAACCAUGGCAGAGGGCCAUAAGCACAAGGCAAAAAACGCCAAACUCAAAAUGAUGGAAAGAUCAAUCUUCAGUGCAAGAAACUGUUUUGUUGAGAACCUGUACCAGAGUAAGCUGAUGCCGGAAGUAGACUAUGCAGUGUUAUCAGAGUUCUAUGAUUUCAUUUUGCAACAAGAAAACACGAAGAUUGAUAUCAUUGUGUAUUUGAGAGCUGAUCCUUUGACAUGUCAACAAAGAAUAAAGAAAAGAGAUCGUAUGGAAGAAAAAUCUGUUCCCAUUGAGUACCUUCAAUCACUUCAUGAUCUCCAUGAAAACUGGCUGACACACCAGACCAAAUUCAAAACUCCAGCUCCUGUUUAUGUAUUAGACAUGGCAGACCAAUCCCAGCAGGCAGGUGCACAGAAUCAGCAAUCUAGUGCAACCCCACCUCAGCCCGUACAGCAGCAAGGAAGCAACCAACAGCAAACAAACACACAACAACAACAACAAACAGUGGCACCAAUUCAACAGCAACCAGCACAGCAACAGCACACAGCCCAGCAACAGCAGGUGCAGCCACAGCAAGCAACACUACAGCAAGUUCAACAACAGCAGGCCGCUCACUCAGCUUUACAGCAACAGCACCAGCAACAACACCAGCAAUCAGCGGUUACAAAUGCGAUCAACAUCACGCCACAGAAUGCUGCUGCCAUAUUUUCUGCUAACAAUUCCAUGAUGACAGUCUCCAACCCAAUGGUUGCAAAUGCCAUGACAGCUAAUGCUCUGGCGGGGAAUGCAAUGGCAGGGGCUACACUACAGGGUGGGAUACCAUCCCAGGGCAUUAAUGCCAAUGCCAUGACUGUCAAUGCUGCUAACUUGAGAAGUGCCAUACCACAGGUGCAAGUCAUCCCUCAAAUGCAGGGCACACCUUACAUGCAAUACCCCUUCAACCAACAGCAAAUCAUGCUACAGAAUGCUGCUGCAAUGCAGGCCAUGCAAGCAAAUGCAAUGAAUAUGAACAUCAGUCCGCAGUUAAACAUGGCAAAUAUGAACAUGGCUGCCAUGAUGCAGCAACAGAGAAUGGGGGUCAAUGCUGGGCUUAUGUCACCAGGUCCAGCCACAGGCUCUCAGAAUUCAGGAAUAACAUUUACCCCAUUGCAAGCCCAGGUUUCUGCAACUGUCACUUCUACAACCAAUGCGAAAGCUCUGUCUGUCAGUAAAGGGCAGACAACUCCCAGCACUCCCACACAGCAGGCCUCUGCUACAGCUCUUAUUGGAGGCAAGCCAAUCAUGCCCACUCAGCCCAACAUUGCAGCACAGCCACUUGUUCUUAGUGUUUUGCCAAAUCAAUUGACAAGUUCUGGAGGAUUUGUCGGUUCCAAAGGACAGUCUAUCGCUCUGAGUCAAGGUACCCCAGCACAACUCAUCAGUACACAGGCUCCUAUACGAUUCAGCCAGCCACAGCUUGUGUCCAGUACAGGCCAGAUAAACAUCCAGUCUCAGCCCAUUAUGACAAACCAGUCCAUUCUACAAGCCAUGGCUACACAACUUCAGCAUGGGGCCAUUCCAUUGGGCCAUCAGCCUUUACAGCUAUCAGCAUCUGGCCAAUCACCAACCAUUUUACCUGGACAACCGGUUUAUAUCAGGACGACCCAGAUUCAGGGACAACAAGGUGUACUGGCAGCCCAGGGGGUACAGAUUGUGGGGACCCCUGUUAAAAACUCCUCGCAAAAUAAUGUUGCAGGGGUCCAGAUCAACAAACAGACCAAUCAGGGUCAGUCUGUUUACCCAAUCAAAGCGGUCACUGCCCGAGUCAAUCCCACCACUGUCAGCAAGCCUAAGACUGCAGCGGUGUCAGGUGCACCUAAAAACCCAAAAGGACGACCUAGAACUGUCAACAGGAUUGUAGGUGCCAUGACAGCUUCAGCUUCAACCAAUACUGUAGCUUCAGCACUAUCCCAGUCUAAAGCAGCCAGUCAGUCAAAACCUGCCACCCCUACACCAAAUUCAUUGACUGUUCCCAGUCAGAACCAAAGCAAGUCUGACAGUGAAAUGGAAUCUACCAAAAAAACUGCUGUUGGAGAAAAAACAGAGAAGAUCAGUCCGGUCAAAGCAAUUAAGCAAGAAAAGGCCUCAGGUGGUGUUACAGCUAAGUUGUCUGCCACUGAAAAGAUGGAUGUUGCAGAGCUGAAGAUAGAGAAUGGAAAACAAGAGACUCCCUCAGUGGUAGAGAAACAGAAAGCCAUUGUAAAGCCUCACAUCCUGACCCAUGUCAUAGAGGGCUUUGUCAUACAGGAGGGGCCAGAACCCUUCCCUGUCCAAAGAUCUUCACUGCUGACAGAGUUUAUCCCACCAAAGGCCAGUCAGGGACUAGAUAGAGUGGAUGAAGACUCGGACAUGGAGAGUGCUGGUCCCUCAGAGGUUGUGCCAAAGAAGGAAGUCACAGAACCGGAGUUUUUCUCUAAAUGUGAAUUCUGUGGAACAGAGGAGCAGGCUUCUAGAUUCAAGAGAUCAAAGAGAUUCUGUACCAUGGCAUGUGCUAAGCGGUACAACAGAGCACACAGAACCUCCGUGUUCAAAACCAGAGGAAAACAUAUGGGCAUUGGAAGAGGAAUGAUAAUGAAGAAAGGCUCGCCUAUCAACUUGAAGAAAGGCCUUAAAGGUCCAGGAAGAGGAGGAAAGCUGCCUUAUGGUGAAAACCGAGAAUUUUCUGGAGGUGAUAAUGAGGACACUGAGCCGAUGGAGGAGGGAGAACCUCACAGUACCUCCAACACCUCAACCUCCAAUGAUAGCUCUUCUGCCCCUGAGUCUCCGGCCACUCUCGGGGAUCCAGCUGAUAAUGCUAUGGAGUCUGACACCCCCAUCACCCACCCUGGAAAGUGGACGGUUACAGAGGUAUAUGAAUUCAUCAAGUCUAUGCCAGGCUGUUCCCCCUAUGCCGAUGAGUUCAAGUCACAGGAGAUUGAUGGACAAGCUCUGAUGCUGCUGAAAGAGGACCACUUAAUGACCACCAUGAACAUGAAACUCGGGCCUGCUCUCAAAAUCUGUGCAAAAAUUAACGCUUUCAGGGGGGAUCUUAGUUAGAGGUGCAGCGUAAAAAAUUGUUUGGACAUUUGUAUGGACUUUUUAAAAUCAAAGAAAGGUUUUAUUUAUAGUCAGAUUUUUUAAUACCAUGACAUCAGAUCUUAACUGGGUUUUUUAUCUUCAAGACAAAUCCACCUAAACACCUGUUAUCUUUUGGUUGCUGAUUGUGUAUAACUUUUGUCUGAAAGCAUGUUAUUGUUUUUAUCAUUGACAAAUGUGUGAUGUUUCUUUGUGUGUAUACUACAUGCCAAUAUUUACUACAUGCCAAUAUUUACUACAUGCCAGUAUUUACAUGUACUGUGAAUACCGGUACAUGACCUACGUUUAUUCAUUUACUGGUAUUUACCAUGUAAACGACUUUAAUCAUGAACAGUUAAUCAGUAAACAAUAUGAAAAUGUUAGCUUUUAAUGAUCUCAAUCUGACAUAUCUUAGAGUCAAUCAUAUUAAAACUGGGCAUGUGUUUCUAGAACUCAACUAAUGUUUAUGCUUGUAGUCAAAUUGGUGCAGACUAAUAUUUGAAAUGUUUUACGAAGUAAAUGUACAAUUUAUAAAUAGAUUUUUUAAGGAUGCUGCCUGGAUUGCCAUUUCUUUAUAAACACACAUACAAAGAUUAAGAUUUUUUUAUGGUGCUUUUUUAUAUUUUAGCUUUAUAGGUCACAAUUUAAUUAUGUUAUCAUGUGAUGAACUCUUUUGUUUCAGAAGGUUUUUAAAAGUUUUUUGAACUUUGAGUCUGUGUUGUUAUGGUAUUUAAAUAUUGUGGUUUAAACAUUUUUGUAAAGAACUUAAAUGCUGUAUUUAAAACACCAGAAUGGAAACUACAUGUUUUGAAUUUUCUCCCAACUCUUCACUUGGUUCAUUCUAUAUCCAAAUUAAAGGAUUAAACAAAU